AUGCACAAGUCGCAUGUGCAGUCAGACUUGAACUUUCCUUUUUCAUCCACAGCCCCAUCUAACAGCCCCAAAAUCUUCGGGCAUCCUGUCUGGAGAGGAUUACGUUCAUGUGAACUAGAAACCUUUGAGUUUGCAUCCAGAGCAUCCACAGGGGACAGUCCGAAGAGUCACACUCCACCUUUCAGCUUCACUCCAGGGAAGAAAAUCUUAAGCUUUGAUCAGAGUAAAAGCCCCCGUCUGGAAGAAGAGCUGGAGCUGAGUCACUUGCAGCUCCUGCAAGCGUUGUUCGCUAAUCACAGCUCUCCCGAAGGGAAAGACCAAGGCAGGGAAGCAGAGAAUAAAGACCAGUGGGUGAGACCCUCCAGAAAGCAGAAAGUGCAGCCACCAGGAAGUCUGACUCGACAAGAGUUUCACAGAGCCCUGUCAGAGCUGACUGGCUCCGAGAUCUGGAACAACCAAUCAGAGCUGCUUUUCAACAAGGUUGACACCAGCUGCGAUGGCCUUAUUGACUGGAACAAGUUCUGCGCAUACCUGCUGCUCUAUUACAAAGAAAGGGACCCCAUGAAAGCCAAGAAGGAGAUCUUCCUUGGCAGGGAGCCCCUCCUCCGACACUGUGUGCAGAACAAGCUGGCACCAACUACCAGGAUAUUGGCCAUCUCUUCUCCACCGCCACUCUGGUUUGUAAGUGUCAGCAAAGGAGGAGUUCUUACUACCUGGGACAGCGCGCUGCAUAUUCAGAAAACGUAUGAGAUUGCAACAGAUUCCAAAGGCUCUCAAGCAGAAAAAAGAAGAUUGAAAUCCUGGACCACAGAUGCUGCGUACAUGGCAAAUGUCCACAAAAUCGCUGUAGCCACCACCUGCAGGGAUAUUCACUUUUUUGACGUGUCCGCGGCAAACCUUUUUGAAGAGUUUCAUUUAUUUGCUCUGAAAAAUGUUCCAACAUCAUUGUACUACUGGUAUAAUGCAAAGUCCUUAGGGAGUCGCUCCUUGCUGCUCUGGGGAGAUGACCGUGGUGGGGUUCACCUGCUCUGGCUGCUGUGUCCUCAUUUGGGCGUCUUUGAAAAGCCCUUCAUGGAUCAGUCGGGGCCACAAAGGAUCUUCCUGCAGGAAAUUAAAGAGCACAGUAAGCUCCUGCAAUAUCAAACCAUCCCAGAGGUGCAUGAGGAAGCUGUUUCCCAAAUCCAGUAUGCAGCAGAGGGAGAACUCAUCAUCACAUCCUCAGGCAGUCCCCAGACCUCUGUGGUGAUCAUGGAUGUUCUCAGAAAGAGAAAAGUUUACACCUGGAAAAUCAAGAAGGUCCUGAAAGUAUGGGAUAUUUUCUCACAGGCUUGUCUGCAGACACUGGCACUCAAGAUCCCAUGUGUCCAGCCAGAACAAGCACUAGAACAGGGGGAUUUUCCCAUCUUGCUCAUCCAGCAGUCUCCCCACCUCCUCUUAGUCUCCUGUACUGAUUACAUUGGAUUGUUGAAGCUCCCGCAUGUCAGUCCUGAGGAAGAAAUGCUGGCUACCCAUGAUGCACCAUUAUGCAGUGCUCUGUACAACACCUUCUUCCACCAGGUGGUGACAGGAGGUGAUGACGCCACAGUUGCUGUGUGGGAUGUGGAGACGGGGGCCAGACGCCUCCUCAUAAACAAUGCCCAUGGGAAGGAAGAGAUUACAUGCAUGGCCCUUGACAACUCCCAGCACAGGCUCAUUACGGCAGCAAGAAAUGGGACCAUAAAGGUCUGGCAUAUUCAGACUGGCCACAACUUGCACCAACUGGAGGUAGUGGAAGAAGCUGAAGUCACGGGACUUGUAGCUUUGCGGGAUCAAACAUUGCUCACAGUGGGAUGGAAUCAGAAAAUCGUCCGUUAUGAUUUCUGUGAACCUGGGGCCCUACAUGUUACUGCGCAUCCUUCUUGGAAGGGCGGGCAGCUACACAAAGAGGACAUCCUGACUGUGGACUAUUGUCCUUCUCUUGGGCUCCUGGCUUCAGCCAGCUUCGAUGGAGAAAUUAUCGUGUGGGAUGUGGAAUCCCAGGGUGUGUAUCUCUACCUCAGACAGACUCAGCCCGAAAGGUCACAUCCUCCAGUGGAUAAACUACUCUUUCUCCAGCAUCGAUCCCUGGAUGGUGUUUCAAAAGACAGUGCAAUCCUUGUGAGUUCUGAUGCCGGGAACCUUCGCUGGUGGAGCGUCCUUGCAGAACAACGGGAAUUUGGUUUUUAUUAUGCCCCAGCUAAAGAGGAUGCGUCUGUGACUGGAUUGUCAGCCAAUCAAAUGAACAGUGUUCUUGUAUCUGGAGACACAUGUGGAUUCAUUCAGGUUUGGGACAUUUCAGAUUACGGGCUGUCCCCUAGAACUCAGGGCUCUCUGGAAAAGCCUCCCUUACUGUGUAGCUGGAGAGCCCAUAACAGCACUGUGGUGAGUGUCGAGCACUUCAUGUUCGGUUCAGAUUCAUUCAUUCUGAGCGGCUCCUCGGACAGAAGCGCCAGACUGUGGACCCCAGAUGGGAAAUUUGUGGGAACCUUUGGGCAGGAAAAGAGAUGGGACUUGAAAAAUCCAUCAACGUUCACCCACCCCAAGGACCCCUGGAGUGAGAGAAAAGAAAUCAGGAAAAAACGAACGCCAACCAAGCAGCCGGCAUAUACUGAUGGGCGGCUCUUCAGUUCAGGGGAGCUUGUCAGAAAUGUGGAGGGAGAGACAGAAGAGAAGGUAAACCAGGAGAUCAAUGGGGGAAGCACAAUGGAGGAGAGAGAGCAACUUCAGGAGUUCCAGUUACCAAGAGCGGAUGGUGCCCAUCCAUCCACAUCCCCCAGCCAGAUUUCUGCCGAGGAUGCAGUGCAAAGCCGCCUGACUACUCCACAAUCGUUCACCUCAAAUCAAAGAAAACACGAGUGCCAGAGCCUUUUCAGACACCAUCUGGAAAAUGACCUGGUGAAAAGAAUUACAGGAAGGAAAGCCCGUCGGCGUGUGUUUGGGGCUAUCAGUGCUAACAAAUUCAACCGGUUUGGGACACUCUGUUCACCUUUUCAUGCACUAGCAACCCCGGAGAUGCAGAAAUUAACUUUACCUCAAGACUUACCCAUGACCCCUCGGAUGCUAAGGCAGGGCAUAGUCUGCAGCACUGAGACGGACUUACGGUCUUUACCAUUAACCUUCCCAGACCUGGACGCCGAGAAGACAGAAGAGCCCAGCCUGAGUGAGAGAAAGAAGUCAUCAGUCCACAUGAAAACCCCUCUGCUUCCCCCAUUAGUUAAACCUACCAGAGCUAGCCUCUCCCACAGUAAAAAGCCUAAAAGUUUCCAAUUUCCCUCCCAGUUCCCACAGUAGCUGUCUCUAUUAGCCUGUAAUAGAUGCUAAGUAUUGGCACCUUCUGAAAGAGAAUAUCUGGAUUCCACUUCUACAACAAUAUGCUUUGUCUUUUUUGUAUUAGACCCUGGAGCAUUGUUUUAAGCAAUCCCUUUGACACCUAAAUUCCUCUUUGAUACACAUAUAAAGUAAUUGCAAAAGA